AUGUCUCGGCCAAAUCCCAACGAGAGCAUUCAAGUUGAUACAAGUGACGAUGAUUCACUCUUUGACACACAAUCUCUCGUGGGCUCCGAUCUAUCCUUCGCUUCCUCAGUACGAGACUACUGCUAUGAAAAUGGCCGCCGCUACCACGCCUAUCGACAUGGCCAAUACCCCUUCCCCAACGACGAAGAGGAACAAGACCGACUAGCCCUGAUGCAUCAUCUCUUCAAACUUCUCAGCGGUGGCGAUCUUCAUCGUGCCCCCCUCCCACGCGACCGAGAUCGCGGGGAUCGCGACCCGGACAUUAGCUCCAGCUCCAGCUCUAGCUCCAGCUCCAGCUCAAUCUUAAAUUCCGACCUCAGCACCGGAGAUGAUAAUAACACCACCACCACCACCACCCCCAAUCCGCCGAGACGAAUUCUCGACAUUGGCACCGGCACCGGCGAAUGGGCCCUCGAAAUGGCCGAAGACCUCCCAGCAACCGACAUAAUCGGCACAGACCUAAGUCCCAUCCAACCAAACUGGGCCCCACCCAAUUGCCGCUUCUUCAUCGAUGACGCAGAGAGCGACUGGACAUUUACCCCACCGGAAGCCUUUGACUAUAUCCACGCGCGCAGUUUGGGCGGUGGAAUCGGCGACUGGCCACGACUAUUACGACAGGUAUUUACGCACCUGAAGCCUGGCGGGUGGUUCGAGGCACAGGAGUUCGAGACGAUGGUCAUUUCUGAUGAUGGGUCACAUCUUCGAGCGACGACUAUUACGGAUUGGCAAGAUCGAUUAAGUCAGGCGAGUAAACAGUUUGGAAAACCUGUUAAUGUUGCGCCUAUGAUCUUUGAUUGGAUGACCGCUGAGGGAUUUGAGAAUGUUACGGAUGAUAUUUACAAGUGCCCGGUCGGUGGGUGGCCAAAGAAUCGCCGGCUCAAAGAAAUCGGUCGCGUGGGAAAAGCCACUAUCCUCGAAGUCAUCGAGCCGUAUACCCUUGCCCUCUUCACUCGCGUGUUGGGGUUCUCUUUCCAGCAGGCGCAGGAGUAUAUGGAUCGAGUCCGCGCCGAGCUAGUGAGCAAUAAGUUCCACCUCUAUGUUCGAUUCCACUUCGUCUACGGACAGAAACCAUUUGAUACGAAUUCGAGUUCGACUUCGAAUGGGAAUGGCCUGGCCCCAUGA